UCUGUAGUCCGCAGUGCAGUCUGGGAGCUGUCGGCUGGUCUUUGUGUGUCACAGUCAUAAGAAACAGUGAGGAAACACAACACUAUCCUACAACAAAGUGUUCUGUAGUUUCGCGUUUAGUUUGUGACCCGGAAUGAUGUAGCAGACAACAAAUCAAAUUAAAUACGCCUUUUGUUAGCUUGCUAUUAAAUUGUUUAUGCUUAACAGAGUGAUAAGGGCCCAGUAUAUCCCGGAACUGGAUACUGUCUAUAUUGGUAUUCAGCCUUGACUCCCUCUGACUGCUUGGCUGAGAAAACACAGCACAACCUCGUUUGGUCUUGUAUUUGCAUAAUUUGUUUGAGUGAAAUAACGUAGAAACGCACCCUUUGAAAGGCUUCACUCUUGUCAGGUAAUGAUUUUGCAUGAGUGAGGCGCUUGCUAAUAGUACUUCAGAAGGAUGAAUACAGAGGAAUUGGAGCUGCUGGCUGACUCCAAGUACAGGAACUAUGUAGCAGCUGUGGACAAAGCCCUUAAAAACUUUGAGUACUCCAGUGAAUGGGCAGAUUUGAUAUCUGCUCUGGGGAAGCUGAACAAGGUUUUACAUAACAACGCCAAGUAUCAGGUUGUUCCCAAAAAGCUCACAAUAGGCAAGCGUCUUGCGCAAUGUCUUCACCCAGCGUUGCCCAGUGGAGUCCACCGCAAGGCUCUGGAGACCUACGAGAUCAUUUUCAAAAUCAUCGGACCAAAGCGACUGGCCAAGGAUCUCUUUCUGUACAGCUCUGGACUAUUUCCUCUUCUUACCAAUGCUGCCAUGUCUGUGAAACCUGCACUGCUCUGCCUGUAUGAGGUCUACUACCUGCCCUUGGGUAAAACACUGAAGCCAGGAUUGCAGGGACUGUUAACUGGAGUUCUGCCAGGUUUGGAAGAGGGAUCAGAAUACUAUGACAGAACCAAUGCCUUGCUGGAGAAGGUAGCUGCAGCUGUGGAGCAGUCUGCUUUCUACAGUGCUCUGUGGGGCAGCAUCCUGACCAGUCCUGCAGUCAGAUUGCCAGGAGUCACAUUCGUGCUCUUUCAUCUCAACCGAAAGCUUUGCAUGGAAGACCAGCUUUACAUCAUCGGCAGUGACAUUGAGCUAAUGGUUGAAGCAGUAAGCACCUCAGUGCAGGACUCCAGUGUGCUUGUGCAGAGGAGCACACUGGACCUCAUACUGUUCUGUUUUCCAUUCCACAUGAGUCAGGCAACUCGUACUGAUAUGAUCCGGAUCCUGUCGGCAGCAUUGCAUGUUGUACUGCGCAGAGACAUGUCCCUCAACCGCCGGCUUUAUGCAUGGCUUCUUGGCUUCGACAACAACUGUGUCAAAAUAGGCCCCAGGAGUACACGGCACAGUAACCCUGAAGAACAUGCCACAUACUAUUUCAAUACCUUCUCGAAGGACAUGUUGGUUCAGGCAAUGGUGGGGAUUCUGCAGGGGAAAGCAGUUGGAGGAGAGGAGGAGAGUGUGCUCAUGCAUGACCUUAAACCUUUCCGCAUCUUAAUUAGUCUUCUGGACAAACCAGAGCUAGGGCCUGCCAUUUUGGAAGAUGUCCUGAUUGAAGUAUUCAGGACGCUGCAUUCACAGUGCAAAGCUGAACUGGACUUGCAGACACAGUCUCCUUUCUGUAAAGACCACACACAGUUGAGCAGCAAACUGCGGGAGAACAAGAAAACUGCCGAACUGAUUAAAACUGCAAACCUUCUAUUCAACUCCUUUGAGCCGUACUACAUGUGGGAUUAUAUAGCGCGCUGGUUUGAGGAGUGUUGCAGGAGAACUCUAAAUGCAAGGCUGCAGGCUGGACCUGGUGGCAUCAGUGAAGCAUCAGAACUGUCUCUGGUAGAAUUCUGUCAGCUGGUCGACUUCCUCUUGGAUAUAGUAUCCUUGCCUACUAGAAGUAUGAGAGUGAUCUGUCAGGAAACAUACAUCGAAAUCCAGACAGAGCACCUGCCCCAGCUGCUGCUGCGGAUGGUCUCAGCCCUAACGAGCCACCUCCAGGCGCUGGGGCUGGCGGAGCUGACGGACUGCUUGAGGCUCUGCUCCAAGAUCCUCAGUAAGGUCCAGCCACCCUUGGUGUCACCCGAAGCGGAGGGCAGUUUGCCGUUUACAGCUGGGCAACCCAGCUCUGCCAGAGAGAAGGAAGAGAAGAAGAGCAUCCCAGUCUGCCUGGAAAAUGCCAGCGAGGUCUUUGAGGACAGCGAGAACCCCCCGAGCAGCCGCUCCUCUGAGAGUGGCUUCACAGAGUUUGUGCAGUAUCAAGCCAACAAGAGCGAGGACUUGAACAGGGCUCCGGGUGAGGGCCACGGAAUGCCAGAUGCUCAGCCAGUGGGCAGCACCUCCUCCGAGACGGAAACAGCCUCCACUGUGGGCUCCGAGGACACCGUGGUGCACCCCUCCCCCACCAUGGGGCACCCCUCCUCAAGCCACAGCGGGAAGACCAAGCAGAAGACAGUCAUGCAGUGCUGCCUGGAGUACUUCCAGCAAUUCCUGACGCGGCUCAUCGCGCUGUAUAUUACCCCCUGCACCGCCACCACGCCCGCCUUCACCAGCGAGUUCGGUAGUGUGCUGAAGGGUGACAGGCCCGGGACGUGGGGCAUGGCACUCAGUGAUGCUGCCAGCACUCGGUCCGCUCAAAGGGAGUGCGUGGGUGCCUUCACCGCUACCUGCCAGCUGUUCCUGGAGUGCUCCAGCUUCCCUGUUUACAUUGCUGAGGGCAACCUUAAGCCCUCUCCUCAGGCUGAAGAGUCCACACAAGACAGCGAACAAGUAAAGCCACCUCUGUGGCUCCAGACCCUCAUGGAUGCCUGCUGCCUUGCCAGUGAGUUUAGUAUCCAGGCUGUUGCAAUCUCUCUGGUAAUGGACCUGGUAGGCCUCACCCAGUCCGUCACCAUAGUGACAGAGGAAAAUGUAAACAGUUUGGAGACGGCCCAGCCCAUGAGUCCGAGUCAGGGGAGGGUGGCUGUGGUGAUCAGGCCUCCACUUACGCAGGGAAUCCUGAGAUUCAUUGCUGAGAAGACUGCAUUUUUCAAGCAUGUUGCACUGACAUUGUGGGACCAGCUAGGUGAGGGAACCCCGCAACAUCAUCAAAGGAGUGUGGAGCUUUUCUAUCAGCUGCACAAUCUGGUCCCAUCUUCCAGCAUCUGUGAGGAUGUUAUCAGCCAGCAGCUGAUGCACAGAGACAAGAAAAUCCGCUUGGAAGCUCACGUGAAGUUUUCAGUACUCUGGCACCUGACAAGGGACCUGAAUAUUAACAAGUCUUCUCCAUUCAACCGCACUUUUGACAGGUCCCUGUUCAUCAUGCUGGAAAGUCUGAGCAGCUGGGACGGUUCCACCUGCUCCGUUGGCCAGGCCUGGCUCAAACAGGUGCUUCAGAGACACGACAUUGCCAGGGUGCUCGAGCCUCUGCUGCUGCUGCUCCUCCACCCCAAGACCCACCGCGUGUCAGUGCAGAGGGUCAAGGCAGAGCGGCACUGGAGCAGAGCCAGGAAUCAUCCUGCCGAGGAGGAGGCGGGUGAUGGCGGCGGGUCUAACUACAUGAAGGAGAUCAGCUAUGCUAACGGCUUCAGCCAGAUGCCUGUUGAGAAUUUGAAGGUGGGAGCUUUGAAAGAGUGCACUAGGAAAGCCUUGAGCCUGGACGAGAUGGAGCCCUUUAGCCUGACAGUGAAUCCCUUUAGCGACAGCCUAUCCCUGCUCAGCACCAGCAGUGAGAACAUCCAGUUGGCCUUCGACCUGCCAGACCAGCAGAUGGAGAUCCUCCAGAGCUCGGAGUCUGUCGGCUCCCACUCCUCUACAGGAGACAGCACUAGCUUAGAGGAGCCUGACUAUAGCAAUGCUGCAGGAACACCCGAAAAUGCUCCGUCUGUUCUCAUCGAAGACUCUGUAGAGGCUGUCAUACAACAGGUGGUGUUUGAAUUGGUGGAUAGAGUAGCACAAAGGCUAGAAGAAGGUCCUGAAAGUAGGGAAGAGUGGCAUCUGGAAGUCUCUGACUCCUUCAAAUUGGAGGCCAGUUUGUGCCCACAGCCGCUGGAUUAUCUUUUUGAGAUGAGCAAAAACAAAAAUGCUGCCGUUAAAGAAAAAGGGCCAGAGUCGGAUAGUAAUGGCACUCCAGACUUCCUUUCUGUUUCAUCAGAGACGAUAGAUGAGGGCACACACGACAGUAUCGCCAGGCACAGCUCAUCACCUUCCAUCAUCAUGAACCUAGAGGCUACCCCUACAGAGCCUAGCCUUCCACUUCCAGAGCAGCAGUCCCGCAAGAGGAGCCACAGCAGCGUCCAGCUGAGCCUGAAAGGGAAGAUCAUGGAGAAGCUGACCGACAAAUCCCCAGGGGCCAAGCCCAAGGUGAAGAGCAGCAAGAAGAAAGAGGAAGCAAGGAAGAAAGCACAAGCCGAGAAGGCCAAGCAGCCCAACAUCUUCUUCGGGGACAGCUUAGACUUGGAGAACUGGUACAGCUGUGGUGAAGGGGAGGUUUCGGAGAUAGAGAGUGAUGUGGGCUCCCCUGAGGUCUGUAUGUCAGCCUCGCCUGCCAGGUUUAACAUCCACCCUCUCUACCAGCACCUGCUGCUCUACCUGCAGGUGUACGACUCGUCCCGUGCUCUGCAUGCCCUCUCCGCUCUGUCUGCCAUGCUGAAAGCCAACCCUGUUGGAUUUGUCAGUGCCAUCUCUACCACCAGCGUCAACAACACCUACACCCCGCAGCUCUCCCUCAUGCAAAACCUGCUGGCCCGCCACCGAGUCUCUGUUAUGGGCAAGGACUUCUACUCUAAGAUCCCAGUAGACUCCCACAGCCAUGUCUUCCGCAGCUCCAUGUUCAUCGAGAUCAUCAUCUCCCUUUGCCUCUACUUCCUGCGCAGCUAUUACCCCAACCACUUGGCGGCCUCCGAGCAGGACUUGUCAGGAAACCGCAACAUGCAGAUCAUGAGCAUUGAGGUCCUGACUUUGCUCUUCACAGAGCUCACCAAGGUCACCGAGGCUUCGGCCAAAGGCUUCGCCAGCUUCAUCUCGGAUGUGCUGUCCAAGUGCAAGGUGCAGAAGGUGGUCCUCCACUGCCUGCUUUCCUCCAUCUUCAGCGCACAGAAGUGGCAUGCAGAGAGGACAUCCGGUAAGAACGCGGCUGCCUCUGAAGAAGGCCUAUCUGAGGACAGUAUCAUCAACUUCUGCGAGGACGAGAUAGACAACUGCAGCACACUCCAGUCACAGCUGCUGCGCCUUCUGCAGAGCCUCAUCAUCUUGGAGCACCGGGUCCUGGGCCUUUCCGAGGAGAGUGAAGCCAGCUAUGAGUUCGUCGGCACGGAUGCGGAGCACAUCAACCCACAGCAACCCCUGACAUCCCUGCAGUACCUGCCCUCCCAGCCCAUCACCUCGCAAGGCAUGUUCCUCUGCGCAGUGAUAAGAGCCCUGCACCAGCACUACACCUGCAAAAUGCACCCCCAAUGGAUCAGCCUCAUCACCUCGACGCUGCCGUACAUGGGGAAAGUGUUGAGGAGGGUGGUGGCUUCUGUGACACUGCAGCUGUGCCGUAACCUGGAUAACUUAAUACAGCAGUAUAGAUAUGAGACUGGAUUAUCAGAUAGCAGGCCUUUAUGGGUGGCAUUAAGCAUCCCCCCAGAUAUGAUCCUCACUGUUUUGGAGGGAGUGACCACUAUUAUUCAAUACUGCCUUUUAGACCCAUCUGCUCAGUACCACCAGCAGCUGUUGGUGAAUGUUGAUCAGAAGCACCUGUCGGAGGCACGCAGUGGGGUCCUGUCCGUCCUGCACACCAUCAUGUCCUCGGUGACACUCCUGUGGAGUGUGUUACACCUGGUGGACACUUCAGAGCGCCCAGCCUCUGCCUCUGCAUCGUCCACUACCAUCAUCAAUCUGGGAUCCACCAAGAAUCUGAGGCAGCAGAUUCUCGAGCUUCUGGGACCCAUCUCCAUGAACCAUGGGGUGCACUUUAUGGCAGCCAUAGCAUACGUGUGGAAUGAAAGGAAACAAGGCAAAAACACGACCCGGAAUAAAGUAAUUCCCACAGCUAGUGAAGAACAGUUGGUGUUAGUGGAGCUAGUGCGCUCUGUUAGUGCAAUGAGAACAGAAACAGUGAUGCAGACUGUGAAAGAGGUUUUAAAGCAGCCGCCAGCUAUUGCAAAGGAAAAGAAACAUCUCUCUCUGGAAGUAUGUAUGCUGCAGUUUUUCUAUGCUUAUGUACAAAGGAUACCUGUGUCAAACCUGGUGGACAGCUGGUCAUCCCUGCUGGCUUUACUGAAAGACUCUGUGCAGCUUGGGCUCCCGUCACCUGGCCAGUUCCUUAUACUUGGAGUUCUCAAUGAAUUCAUUUUGAAGAAUCCCAAUUUAGAAAAUAAGAAGGACCAGAGAGACCUGCAGGAUGUUACGCACAAAGUAGUGGAAGCCAUUGGGACCAUUGCUGGCUCUUCCUUGGAGCAGACUACCUGGCUGAGGAGAAAUCUGGAAGUAAAGGCAUCCCCACAGAUUGUGGUAGAUGGAGCCACUCUUGAACCAGAUGUUGAAGAUCUCAUGCUCACUGUGAUGGAGGCUUCCAGUUUUACACCAUCUGUGUACAGCGUGCAUGCAUUGACAUUGCUGGCUGAGGUCCUGGCUCACCUGUUGGACAUGGUGUUUUACAGCGAUGAGAAGGAGAGGGUUAUUCCUUUGUUGGUUAACAUUAUGCAUUACGUAGUGCCCUACCUCCGCAACCACAGUGCCCAUAAUGCACCCAGCUACCGUGCCUGUGUGCAGCUGCUAAGCAGCCUUAGCGGAUACCAGUACACCAGGAGAGCGUGGAAGAAGGAAGCCUUCGACCUCUUCAUGGACCACACAUUCUUCCACAUGGAUUCCUCAUGUGUUAGUCACUGGAGAGCGAUCAUGGAUCACCUGAUGACCCACGACAAAACCACAUUCCGAGACUUGAUGACGCGGGUUGCCGUGGCGCAGAGCAGCUCCCUCAAUCUGUUUUCAAACCGUGAUGCUGAGCUGGAGCAGAGAGCAAUGCUCCUCAAGCGCCUAGCCUUCACCAUUUUCAGCAGUGAGGUGGACCAGUACCAGAAGUAUCUUCCGGACAUCCAGGAGAGGCUAGUGGAGAGUCUGCGCUUGCCCCAGGUCCCGACGCUCCAUGCACAGGUGUUCCUGUUCUUUCGAGUGCUUCUCCUAAGAGUGUCUCCGCAGCACCUGACCUCCCUGUGGCCAACGAUGAUCACAGAGCUGGUGCAAGUAUUUUUACUGAUGGAACAGGAACUCACAGCAGACGAAGAUAUUUCAAGGACUUCUGGCCCUACGGUGGCUGGGUUGGAAACGACUUAUACUGGGGGUAAUGGAUUCUCCACCUCCUACAACAGCCAGCGCUGGCUCAACCUCUACCUCUCCGCCUGCAAGUUCCUGGACUUGGCCCUGGCUCUACCUUCGGAAAGCCUGCCACAGUUCCAGAUGUAUCGCUGGGCUUUCAUUCCAGAAGCAUCUGAUGAUUCUGGGUUGGAGGUCCGUAGGCAAGGCACUCACCAAAGGGAAUUCAAGCCCUACGUCGUUCGACUAGCAAAACUGCUAAGGAAGAGGGCAAAGAAAAACCCGGAGGAGGACUGUUCAGGGAGAGCCUUGGCCUGGGAGCCGGGUCACUUGCUGCUGACACUCUAUACCAUCCGCAGCAUGGAGCAGCUGCUGCCCUUCUUCAAUGUGCUCAGCCAGGUGUUCAAUUGCAAGGUGACGAGCAGGGCUGCAGGACACUCAGGGAGCCCGGUGCUGUACCCCAACAAGGACAUCAAAAUGGAGACCCAGAAAGUGUUCUGGAGCAAAGCUAGACAGGAAAUAGAGGAAGUGGUCGAGAAGGACUUUCUUGAAGGGGUGAUAAAAACAUGAGCAAAAAAUUAAUUGUGUGUGCGUGUGUGUGUGUGUACAAACAGUGGUACCAUACAAAUCUAAAGCUGACUAAAAACAACAACAAACAAAUCUUAAACUUUGUAUAUGCUUUUUUUGUAUUUUAAAAUGAACACAUUUCACAGUUCAAAGCUGUAUUUAUUAUUUAAUUGAAGUAAUUGUAUUUGUAUAUAUGAAACAACCACUGCUGUGAAGUUUGAUUUAAAUUAUGUAUUGUUGACUAUAGUUUAUUGCCUAUAGCCUACUUGUAUAUUAUUGUACUAUUCUCUACCAUUCUGUAUUACUGAAUAAACACCAUGAAAUAAAAAUCAUUAUGGUUACAACAAUUUUGCACCCUAGAUUACACUG